AUAAACACUCAUAUAUUCACAGCAUUUCUCUCUGAGUUUUUGUGGAUGCGAUAUUCGAAUCUAUGGCGUCCUCAAAGCUCUUGAUACUCUCAGUCUUUCUGGCCCUGAUUUUCUCGCAGAUUAGGGCCGACGCUUCAGUCGGAGAGCGUGAGCCACUGGAAGUAGUCCGAUCGGACGGCGCUGAUUCCUCCGCUCUGAAGAUCGAGUUGGAUCAGCUCAAGUCGAAGAUCCACUCCCUUGAAUUCGAAGUAGACGAGAAAGUCAAGCAACUGCAAAGUAAGGAUGAGAUUGUGGAGCAGAAGAAUAAAAUCAUUAAAGUGAACUCGGAUGUCAUCACUGCUCUGCAGAAAGAAGUUGAUUCUCUCCAGAAAAAGGGAUCGCAGGAUGCUGAGAAGCAGGUUGACAAGGCUCAUGCACGCGCUGGUGAAUUAGAGAAACAGGUUGAGAAGCUUAAAAAGGAGUUGGAAGCACAACAUAAGGAGAAAGAGGCUUUGGAAGCCCGGGCCAAUCAAGCGGAGAAGAAGGUUGAUGUUUUGAUCUUAAAAAUAGAUAAGAUUGAGAAGACUAAUGAUCAACAAAAGACCAAAAUUCGAAAUACUGAGCGUGCUCUUAAAGUUGCCGAGGAAGAAAUGUUGAAGGCAAAGUUUGAGGCUACUCUAAAAGCAAAAGCAUUAACAGAGGUUCAUGGUGCAUGGCUUCCACAUUGGCUUGCUGUUCACUUUGGCUAUUGCAAGUCCUAUGUAGAGAAACACUGGAAUGAGCAUGGAAAACCUGCUGCCGAAUUGGUGAUUCAGAAGGCCCUGGAGAAAAAGGCUCAAGCUGGAAAAUGGGCUGAACCCCAUGUGGAAGCAGUUAAAACUAAAUGGGUCCCUGCAGUCAAGGAACAGUGGUCGGUGGUGAAAGAAUCUGUUGAACCUCAUGUGCAAUCACUAAAAACAAAGUCUAUUGAAGCUUAUGAGACAUCAAAAAGUACAUUAGCUCCUCAUGUUAUAAAAGCACAAGAAUUUGUUGAUCCCUACUUUCAGGAGGCAAAAAAGAUCAGCAAGCCAUAUGUUGAUCAGGUAGCCACUGUUGCAAAACCUCAUGUUGAGAAAGUUAGAGUGGUGUUGAAGCCCUAUACAAAGCAGGCAGUUCAGGCCUACGAGAAGUUUCUCAAGUCCGCUUCAACAUAUCAUCAUCAGGUUCAAACUUCCGUACGAGAUACGCUGAAAAAUCAUGAACUGACAAGACCUCUUGCUACAAAAGAGUUGGAGUGGUUUGCGGCCUCUGCCCUGUUGGCUCUUCCCGUCUUAAUUCUGUUCAGAGUUUUAUCCUCACUUUUCUGUACAAAGUCAAAGAAACCUGUACGGAGUUCCCACCAUUCACGUCGCAAGGCCAAGAGGGGUCAUCCAGACAAGUAGAAUGGUGCUAGUUUGAUCAGAAGACUAGUUUUUCUGGGAAGUGGGAAUGGUUCCGUUCUUUGGUUGCUUGCAGGCUGGUUUGUGCUAUGGCAGGGGUAUACGUGAAGCUAUAUUUUGUUGUCGGUCAGAUGCAGCCCUCGUGGUGUUCAAAUCUUUUGCUUAUAUGUUAGAAUCUGGCAUACUAAACGAAGUAGAGACAUUAUCUUAGGAUGACAUCUAGGAGGGGGGAGUUCACGUAGUGUGGACAGUGUUUAUGUUGCUACGGGGUUGUAUUUUAUUUUUUAUUCUUACAGAUGCUCGGUCUAAAAGCGUGUCAUGUGUUCCACACGUUCCCUUGUGAAUUAUAACAUUUGUUGUUUUAGUUCCCUUUACUGUUUGUGAAGAAUUAUGAGAAAUCAAAUAUUUAAGAGCCAUGGCCAA